AAAAAAAACCUAAAAUUAAGACAAUAAAGUAAAUCUAGAGUUUGAGGUGUGGUUGCUGUCACUAUCAUGGAAGAAUAUACACCCAUCUCAAUAAAUCCCAAAACCCAGGAAAGACAAGAGGACACCUGUACAAAUUUCAUUGGCUCUUCAACCAUGAGAAUGGAAGGCACGAAUUUUAUUUGAUUAAAGCUUCUUAAUUAAUUAUUUGGGCCAAAAAUAUUAUUUUUUUAAGAUAAAAUUAAUUUAUUAUUAAGCCCCCUUUAGAACUUUAUUGACACAAAUAUAAGACCUAGAGGCAAAGUAUUUUUUAGUAUAUAUACAAUUGUGCCCACAAUUUUGUAUCAAUUUUCUUGCACUUUGCUUCAUCUCUCAUCUAAAUUCACACAAACAUAUGGAAAACAUAUUUCCUAAAAUGGAAGCCUUCAUGCACAAGGCCGAGCUUGAUCAUCCCAACAUAUUUUACGUCCCGAAACCCGAGCCCUUGUUGGAGAAACGGCCGAUUUCGAGUUCAGAAUCCACUGCAAAAGAGGUCUGUUGUAAUUCCGAUACCACGUUGAAUAUUCAAUUGUCUGAAUUUUCUAAAGAAGCUAUUUUGAGGAAAUUUCACGCACAUUCUAGUUGCUUUAACGGCUACGCCGCCAUUAAUCCUCCCCGUUAUUAUUACCAGAGUGAAUCUUCAUCUUCUGGUUGUAAUUACGUCGGAGGAGGUAAUUACGAUAAUACCCCUAUGAUGAGUUUUCUUGAUCAAUCCUUCCCAUCUUCAACAUAUGAACCAUGCUCACCAAUUUCUUUAUCCAAAUCACCAAAUCUUGGCUUAUUUCUACAUGAUCCAAUAUUGAUCCAAAAAAGUGCCCAACAAAACCCUUUAUUUACAAAUAUGCCCCAACUCGAUCAAACUCAACUCGAGUUUUCGGGAUCACCGUCAUCAUCAUCAUCAAAUUGGCUCAAAAUCAAUCAAAAUCUCACAAACUCAAAAGGGUUCAAUGAUUAUUGGCUAAGCACCACAAAAACUCAGCCGAUGAAAAGCCGAUCAAGAAUCGAAAAAUCGGCUCUUUUGCCAUCUUCUUCUUCUUCUCCACAGGGAAAGCUUUUCCGAGGAGUGAGGCAACGGCACUGGGGAAAAUGGGUCGCCGAGAUACGACUACCGAGGAACCGAACUAGGGUUUGGCUCGGAACUUUCGAAACGGCCGAAGAAGCGGCUUUCGCUUACGAUACCGCGGCUUAUAUCCUCCGCGGUGAUUUCGCACACUUGAAUUUUCCGGAUAUGAAGCACCGAAUCAAGUCGAAUAACUCGAUGAGCAACAGCACCGUCGCGCUUCUCGAAGCGAAGCUACAAGCUAUCUCGAAAGGAGUAUCGAAUAACCCGAAGAAGGGUACUAUUAAUAAAGAUGGUAAUGCAAUAUUAUUAUCUUCAUCUGAUCAAGAAAAGUUUGAAGAGAAAAGUUUGAGCAGAAAAGCAGAAGCUGUUGAAAUCAAGAAAAGCAGCUCAGAAGUUGGGAUGAUGAAUCUGAUUUCAGAUGUUGAUGCAGUUCAGUUGAGCAGAUUUCCUUCUUUAGAUAUGGAUAUGAUUUGGGAUUCAUUGUUGGUUUGAGAUUUAUGAUUAUAUUAUUGAUUUGUAUUUUUUUUUUUGGAUUAAUUUUUUUCAGUGCAUGUUUAAUUUACUAGUUUUCUUGAUAGUAUAAAUUACUGUUUUUUUGGUGUGUAGGGAAGUUCAAAAGUAUGAGAACAAUUACCAUAUUGUCCUUGCAAUAUAAUACAAAGUAUUUUGCAUUAA